CGUCAACAGAGCUACGAAUACCUUACUAUUAGAGUAUUGUCAAUGACAUAUUAAAUACAAUCAAUUGAGAUAAAAUGACUGGAUACUUCUAGAUCUAUUCUAGACCGCUAUGCAUCCGGCUUUGGCAGUGACCUAUUCAUAUUUGGCUACUUCACUCUCUUCAUACCAAAGGCGAUAAUAUAAUGGCGACUCCAGCCUGGGUUAGACUGCAUAGUAAUCAAUAAUGUCUAAGGAAUUAUUGGAAUCAAAGGAAAUUGAAGUUGUAGAUGUUAAGACGACUGAUGACUUCGCAUCACAAGAGAAGCAAGUUCUUAGGAAGAUAGAUCUGCGAAUAUUGAGCCUCACGGCGUUAGCAUACAUGCUAAAUCACAUAGACAGAACCAACUUGGCCAAUGCGAUAAUCAUGAAUACAGAUGUCCCAGGGUCAUCAAUGUCAGAGCAACUAGAUCUACAUGGUAGCAGAUUUGGGCAUAUAAUCACUGCCUUCUAUGCCACUUAUAUCAUAUUUGAGAUACCCAGCAACAUUUUGUUGAAAAAAUUUGGACCUUCAAUCCAUAUUUCUCGGAUUGUCAUUGGAUGGGGUAUUGUGACAACCUGUUCAGCGGCUGUCCAGUCUUAUGAGGGUAUGAUUGUAAACCGUAUUGCAUUGGCCAUCGCAGAAUCUGGCUUUUUCCCUGGUAUCCUUUAUUACUUUACUUUCUGGUAUAACGAUAGCGAAAGGGCUUUUAGACUUGCUUUCUUCGUAGCAUUUGGUAGCCUUUCAGGUGCAUUUUCUGGUCUGUUUGCAAGUGGAUGCUCGUACUUGAAUAACCUAGGGCAUCCUGCUCUUGCUGGUUUCAGAUGGCUUUUCCUUCUCGAAGGCAUUCCUACAAUCAUACUUGGUAUCUGUAUUUACUUCUGGCUUCCAGAUUAUCCUGAAACUACGAAGUUCCUUACAGAAAAAGAACGAGAGAUUGUUCUCAUGAGACUGGGAGCCUCAGUUACGAAGGAUGAUGACAAAAAACUAAAGAUGUCGUCAAUAUGGAAUGUACUCAAGCAGUGGGAUUUCUGGUUCAUGGCCAUAUUGUGGAUGCUUCUCGGACAUGGCACAGCUGCGUUCUCCUUUUUUGCUCCAACUAUCAUUAAUGACCUUUCCGAGGAUUAUGAAGGUGUAAUUGCACAACUCCUCUCGAUUCCACCGUCAGUACUAGCAUGUCUCUUGACUAUUGCAUCUGGAUAUUUUUCUGAUAAAAUGAAGAACCGGCCAGCAUUUAUUAUAGCAGGUGUCAUCUCUGUUAGUGGUGGAUAUCUUAUAUUGGCAGUCGAUAAAAACGUUCUUGCUCUACGUUUACUCGCUGUUUUCCUUGUUGCUCUAGCAAAUGUUUCCAUCGUCCCAUUAGCGGCAUAUAGACUGUCAAUACAAGGCCUCAAGGCCAACACUGAUAGCCAUGCCAUCGGCUUUGCCAGUAGUGCAUCAGUCGCAAUAGCAAACGUAUCUGGUAUUACAGCGCCUCUGAUACUCGAUAGUUCAAUGAAAUUUGAAUAUAAGUGUUUUGUCUUUCUGGUAUUAUUCAUAACAGCAGGUAUGCAAGCACUGUUCUGUCUUUGGUGGUGGGGACCAGGGGUUGAAACAAAAAAAGCAAGAGAGGAGGGAGCCUGCUAAACUAACGGCAUUAGCGUCUUCUAUUGGGAUUU